CACUUGCUCGGACACCUGACCCCUGCACGCAUAACGCGACCUCUUCGCUCUGCGUCAUCUCAUUCGUUUGAGCCGGGGCCAGACAAUCCGAAUGACUAGGAUCGAGACAUCAACGCAUCGCUUCGAGUUCCUCACAGCUCAUUCAGCUCGGCAGUAUACUCAAUAAUUUCCACUGGUAUAUGACCCAAGUUUUGACCGCCCAACUUCCUCGUGCGAAACCAUCAUGCUCAUGGCGCUGGCAUGCUCUCCGCCAUCGAUCCGUGUACCUGAUUUGCUUUCCCCGUUCUAACAGCUCCCUCCGCAUACUCGCUCACCCACCAUGUUCCGCUUCCGUCGCCUACCGUCCGCUCCAUACGAGAUCUAUUCAUCCAGUCUCGACACUCUUUAUCUUGGUCACGCCCUCUGGUACCCCGAGCCGCAUGUCACCGGCGAGCCGCAGAUUGGCGAUGUGGGCUUCGCUCGUCGUGGCGCAUUCGUCAGGCUGUUCAACCUGGACACCUCCGCGCCCGAGAAGAAGGUCACGUACAAAUGGUUCAAGAAAUAAUACGAGGACAUAGAGCCUUUACCGCCAGGCGCACUAGACAUCGACUUGAGAAGUAGCCCGCUCGUUCCCAAGCAUUAUUGCAGUCAUGGAGUUGAGAUCAAGGAGAUACAUACCUCGGCGGACGCGUGAGUGCAUCUGCUCACCCGGGAGACCCAUUCUCUGACAAUUCGCAGAA